GACGUCAGCUAGCUGCGCCGAGUUGGCGCUAGCCGUAAAGUUGCUGGGAGGAGGCUAGAGGUGGAGCCGCUGGGGCCAAGAUCAUGCCGGAUAGCGAGAGGUAUUCUGGGCAGCAGAGGCCGUUAGGCUUGGGAUGAAAGAAGCAGGGCAGAUGCAAAAUCUGGAGAGCGCGGUGGCCGGGCGGUCAGUCAGCACCCAGACUGGCAGCAUGACUGGUCAAAUACCAAGACUUUCUAAAGUCAACCUUUUCACUCUGCUCAGUCUCUGGAUGGAGCUCUUCCCAGCAGUAAAUACAGCCCAAAGACAAAAAUCUCAGGAAAAGGAAGAGGGAAAGCAUGGACCCUUAGGAGAUAAUGAGGCGAUGACCAGAAUAUCUACUGACAAAAAACAGGUGAAGAGAACUGGCCUUGUGGUGGUGAAAAACAUGAAAAUUGUUGGUCUCCAUUGUUCUAGUGAAGAUUUACAUGCUGGGAAAAUUGCUCUUAUAAAACAUGGGUCAAGGCUGAAAAACUGUGAUCUUUAUUUUUCCAGAAAACCAUGUUCUGCUUGUUUGAAAAUGAUUGUAAAUGCUGGAGUUAACCGAAUUUCAUACUGGCCUGCUGAUCCAGAAAUAAGUUUGCUUACUGAGGUUUCUAGUUCUGAAGAUGCAAAGUUAGAUGCCAAAGCAGUGGAAAGAUUGAAGUCAAACAGUCGGGCCCACGUGUGUGUCUUACUUCAGCCUUUGGUGUGCUAUAUGGUGCAGUUUGUAGAGGAGACCUCUUACAAAUGUGACUUUAUUCAAAAAAUUGCAAAAACACUGCCGGAUGCUAACGUUGACUUUUAUUCUGAAUGUAAACAAGAAAGAAUAAAAGAAUUUGAAAUGUUAUUUUUGGUUCCAAAUGAAGAAAUGCAUAAGCAAAUACUGAUGACUAUAGGUUUGGAGAACCUAUGUGAAAAUCCAUACUUUAGCAAUCUAAGGCAAAACAUGAAAGACCUUAUCCUACUUUUGGCCACAGUAGCUUCCAGUGUGCCCAACUUUAAGCACUACGGAUUUUAUUGUGGUAAUACCGAACAGAUUAAUGAAACUCACAAUGAAAGUUUGCCACAAGAAAUUGCAAGGCACUGCAUGGUUCAGGCCAGGUUAUUGGCGUAUCGAACUGAGGAUCAUAAAACUGGAGUUGGAGCAGUCAUUUGGGCAGAAGGAAAAUCUAGGAGCUGGGAUGGAACCGGUGCCAUGUACUUCAUAGGAUGCGGUUAUAACGCUUUUCCUGUUGGGUCCGAGUAUGCUGACUUCCCACACAUGGAUGAUAAACAGAAAGACAGAGAAAUAAGGAAAUUCAGAUACAUUGUACAUGCGGAACAGAAUGCCUUGACGUUUAGGUGUCAAGAAAUAAAACCAGAAGAAAGAAGUAUGAUCUUUGUCACAAAGUGCCCAUGUGAUGAGUGUGUACCUUUAAUUAAAGGUGCAGGCAUAAAACAGAUCUAUGCAGGGGAUGUAGAUGUUGGAAAAAAGAAAGCAGACAUCUCUUACAUGAGAUUUGGGGAACUUGAGGGUGUUAGCAAAUUUACAUGGCAGCUGAAUCCAUCAAGAACUUCUGUGGGUGAACAAAAUGAGCCUGAAAGCAGAGAGAACGGUGUGUUGAGGCCCGUGCCCCCCGGUGAAGAACAGCACCAACACAAAAAGCUGUGUCUUGGAAACCGCUAAGAAGUCCUGUCUGAACUGGAAUGAGGCCUCGGGAGUUCUUGUUGCACUUUUAAAAUUCUAGCCUUGUUAACUCAGAAAGUAAGGAUGGAUUCUGUGAAUAGCUGAAGAAAAAAUUUAAGGACACUAGUUUAUUAUUACCAUAUGUAUGAUGUUAAUGAGAAUGUUUUUAUUUUAGAUUUGUGUGUUUUCCAGAAUAUAGUGGUGUGGUCUUUUAUUGCAUUAAAUGAGGUAGCAAUCAUUUAAUGAGCCCAAUUUAAUCACCUGUUGAGGUUAAUUUCUCGUUGUCUUAGCUUUAUAUUGGCCAAUUGUUUUUUUUUUUUUUUUAAAGGGCUGGUUCACUGCAGUCACGUCUCAGCAGAGAGUUCUAAAAUUUUUAAAAUUUCUUUUAAAAAAUAUUAAGUCCUUCAGAUUGUGAAGGUGAUAAUUAUUAAACUGCUCUGAGGAAGUAAAUGAUGACCUGGUCAUUUUUAAGUCAGUGUAUGUCUCACCAAAAGUUCACACUUAUACCUAAAGCUUUUUAAUAAUCAGGAUUUAAUUAGGAUUGAAUCAUAAAAAUGAAGUUGAUAGACCUGAUGCCCAUUAUAAAAGUAUAUUCCUAACAAAAUUCUUUAUUUAAAAAAAAAUCUUCCAAUAGUAGAAAUCACAAUGAUUUGUUGGACUGGAGUGUUAUAUCACUGAUAAGGAGUAGCAGCAGGAAGAAAAUACUAUUCUGAGGCAGUAUUAAUUACUCUUUGAUAGCACUGAUUCUUGAAAUCAUUCACACUGCCAACUUUGGUUAUGAUGUUAACAGUGAAGAAAUAUUUUAGUCUGGAAUAUUGAAACUAGCCUUUUUUGAAUUCCAUUUAUAAAUGCUGCCCACUUUUCCCUCCAUACAAUUAACAGAGUGUCUCAUGGCUUUCAAUUGAAGGUUUUUAAAAAAAUAUUUGCAAACCUUAAGAAUACCAGGAAUCUUGAAAGUAAAAUUAUGGCCAGUCAGUUAAGUUGCAUUCCAAAUUGCUCUUUGUGAAACCUCUCACUUUUAUUUGCUGAGGAACUUUCAGGAAAUUAGUCCACAGAUGAAGACACAUGUUUUGUACUUUCCUAGAGUUAGGGAGGGAGCCCAUAGCCCGUGGUCCACGGGCCUGCAGGUGACAUCACGCAGAGCCCGCCCUUGGCCGGUGGAGGAAUCAGGUUUGCCUCUGCGGUCCUGCCUUCCCUUCCACAGCACCGCUUGGCCUCCUGAAGCCUCCCAACCCAGUCUCUCAGAACCUGCCCAGGGUGAUCCAGAUGUUGGCCGUUGCCCCUGUCUGUACAGCAGCCCACUUCGGUGCUCUGGGAGUUCAAAGUCCUCAUACCAGCCAGCUGAGAAAUGCCUUCAGUGUUGAGAGAGGGGAGGAAAGAUAUCCUUAGAGAUAACUAAGGCUAAUUUGAAAACCAGUAGUGAAGCUAUUUUAAAAUACUUAUUAAUAUGAAAAUACUGAAAUUUGCUUACAUCCUCCCAGUUGCUUCGAUAAAUUCAUAUUAGAAUUGUUGUUCUUUUACUAAUAGGUCAUCCACAUUUAAUACAUUAUAAAUCAAUCAGAUAUUUUAUAAGACCUGGUAUACUGCUAGGUUUAUGUAUGGAUGUUGAGGGAGAUAUCAGAAGGGAGAAACAUAAAAUGGGAAAAACUAGGCUUAGGAAAUAGAAAAUUGAUAUUUCCAAGCACUAUUAAAAUAUUCAUGAUAAUGCCAUAUUUCCUUCUUUACAACUGGUCAGUUUUUAACAUUUAUUGAGAAUUUACUCUGUAAUACCAAAAGGAAAGCUAUGUGAGGUCAGGGAUAUAUAUCUAUGAAUUUAUAUGUAUCUAUAUGAAUAUAUGGAUUGAUAUAUUUAUAUAUAUAAAUAUAUAUACAUGUUUAUAACUGAUGAAUCCAGUGCUUACAUUGUGCCUGGCACCUAAUAGGCAUUCAGUAAGUUUUAGUUGAUUGGCUGAGGGAGUACAGGACACUGGCUAGACCCUGGAAAUGAGAUGUGUAAGAAAUGCUCCGUCAUCUCAUAAAGCUCACGGCCUAGUGGAAGACGGAAGCAAGAGAAAAUGAUUCUCAGAGUGGGGUCCGUGGACAAGCUGCCUUAGCACCACCUGGGGACUUGCUAGAAAUGCAAAUUAUUAGGGUCCCACUGAGACCUAUUGAAUCAGAAACUGGGUGUGGGGCCUAGCAGUCUGUGUUUUCACAGCUCCCCUGAUGACUUUGGAGGUUGAGAACCACCCUGUGAAUGUAACUAUAGGAAGCUUCUAAUAUAUAUAAUUAAAACUACUAGGGGGAAAAAAAAAAAACCUAUUGCAAGGAAACCAGGAUGUGGUUUUAGCUAAGAAAAGGUAUGCGGUAUGGAGAUACAGUUUUGUUAAAAGAAAGUAAAUUUUGUCCUAAAGCUGGUUAUUUCAGAAUGGAAAAGAGAAAGAUAAAGGACAAACUAAGGACAUAGAAAGUUAGGAAAAGAAAAAAGAGAAAGGGAAGAGAGGAUGGAAGGAGGGAGAGAAGGAGGGAGGAAGGGAGGGAGGGAGUUAGUUUUGUAGUUACAUUGGCUAAAAAUUGAUUUGUUAUAAGGGUUUUUAAAAAUAACAAGCUUGAUUUUUUUGUUUUAAUAGCUUGCUUAUGUAAUUUUCUUUCAUUUGAUGAAAGGGCAAAGUUUUUUUGGACUGUUAGUCUGCUCUUGAUAAGAUAUUAUGAAUGGUUUUCUUUACCUUUUACAUAAUCUGCCUGAAAAGCAAAGAUGUUAUGUUUUAUUAAAAUAAUUUCCUGUGCUUCA